CCAUCAGCCCGAACUUCACGAUGUCCAGUGAGGAAAAUGUCAAACGUGAGCAGGAUAAUGUCCUCAAACACGAACACAAUGAAGAGGAUGUUUACAAUGUGGGCGAACGAGAUCAGGACGAGAUCGAUGAGGAAGUGGAAGAAGAUGAGGAACAGAAGCUAGAUAUCCAGAAAGAGACAGGCCUCAAACGGACGAGAUCCGAAGCAGAAAUUGACGUUGGAGACAACGACGAAAACAUCAAUGAAAAGAAUAACAAUGAAAACGAAGAAGGAGAAGAUGACGAUGAAGAAGAUGACGAAGAUGAAGACGAAGAUGAAGAUGAGGAUGAUGAUGGUGUGUCCACGGGAAGAAGAAGAAAGAGAAGAAGAGCUGGAAACCAGUUCAUUGAUAUCGAAGCUGAAGUUGACGACGAAGAAGAAGAUGAGCUUGACGAAGAUGACGAAGAAGCCGAACUUUUGCGAGAGCAGUUCAUUGCUGACGACAGACAUGCUGGCGAGAACGAAGCUGAGAGCCACGAUGACAGAUUGCACAGACAGUAUGACCGUAGACGGCAAGAGGCCGAGGACCAGGAUGCUGAGGUAUUGGCCGAGACCUUGAAGCAACGUUAUAGAAAGACCCAUACCGUCUACCGUGGGGACACUGCUGCCAGUGGUACUGUAUCGCAGAAACUCUUGAUGCCCUCUAUCAACGACCCAUCCAUCUACGCUAUUAGAUGUACCCCUGGCCGUGAGAAAGACUUGGUGCGUAAGCUUUACGAAAAGAAGAGAACUCUUGACAGGCUGAAUGCUCCGUUAGAUAUUCUCACAGUGUUUCAGAGAGAUGCCUUCAAGGGAUACAUCUAUAUUGAAGCCAAGAGACCCGAUGCCAUCGACAAGGCGCUUGUCGGAAUGGUGAACAUCUAUGUAAGAGACAAACUCUUAGUUCCUGUCAAGGAAUACCCGGACUUGCUCAAACAGGUCAAAUCGUCGGAUGUCGAGUUGGUGCCUGGUAUCUACGUCAGAAUCACCAGAGGUAAGUACAAGAACGACUUGGCAAUUGUAGACAACUUGUCAGAAAACGGGCUUGAUGUGCGUUGUAAGUUGGUUCCUCGUUUAGACUACGGUAAGUUCGACGAGUUCGAUAAGGAUGGCCGUAGAAUUAGACUGAAGGCAAGACCCUUGCCUCGUUUGUUCAGUGAACAAGAGGCUAGACAGUACGAUAGAGAGUUCUUACAACCUGGAAGAGGUCCUCGUUCGUACGUCUACAGAGGCGACGAAUACAUUGAGGGCUUCUUGUACAAGGACUUCAAGUUGCAGUUUAUCCAGACCAAAGAUGUACAUCCAACGUUGGAGGAAUUGGACCGCUUCCAGACAGGCAACAACGAGGAAGAAGGAUUUGAUCUUGCCGCAAUCGCUGCCUCGUUGAAGAACAAGAAAGGUGAAGGCAAGUCCACUGCCUUCCAGCCCGGUGACAAGGUGGAGAUCCGAAGAGGCGAGCAAGCUAAAACUGUGGGUGUAGUGGUGGAAGCCUCUUUGAACGAAAUCACUAUCUCUGUUACUGACAGUGGAGACCCCAAGUUCGUCAACCAGAAGUUGACCGUCCCUGCCAGCGAUUUGAGAAAGAUAUUCAAUGAAGGUGACCACGUAAGAAUCGUGGAAGGUAAGCAUUUCGACGAGACUGGGUUGGUUAUCAAGAUAGACGGCGACUCGGUUGUUCUUGUCAGUGACCAGACACGUGAAGAUGUCAGAGUGUUUGCCAACUACUUGGUGAAAGCUACUGAUGCCUCGCUGAACAUGGACACCAUUAACAGUAAGUACGAUAUCAAGGACUUGGUGGAGUUGAAUGCCGCCUCUGUCGGUGUCAUUGUCAAGGCCGAAAAGAACAUCUUUGAAGUGUUGACCUCUGACGGAAGGUUAUUGUCGGUGAAACCCAGCGGAAUAUCGUCGAAGUUGAAGAUGAGUCGUCGUGAACAGAUCGCUACUGACAGAAAUGGGUUCACGAUCAAGAUCGGUGACACCGUCAAAGAGGUCUUGGGUGACAAGAAGCGAGAAGGUGCCAUUUUACAUAUCUACAAGAACUCGUUGUUCAUCAAGUCUAACGAGAUUGUCGAGAAUUUGGGUAUCUUUGUCACUAACCGUAUGAAUGUUAGCACUAUUUCCACCAAGGACUCCAUGGUAUCCAAGAAUUUGGGCCCUGACUUGACUUCCAUGAACCCCAACUUGAAGCUUCCUAAUCCUUCCGCUGGUGGUUUCAAACCCCGUGCUGGUGGCCGUGAAAAGUUGUUGUACAAGGAUGUUGCUGUGACAAGUGGAUCCUACAAAGGUUUGAAGGGUAAGGUGAUUGAAACCGACGAUGUCUACGCCAGAAUCGAAUUGCACACGAAGAGUAAAAAGAUCAAGGUAAACAAGAAUAACUUGAACGUAUUGAUCCGCGGAGAAGCAAUACCAUACUUGAGAUUCAUUGGUGCAGCACCUUCGGAGUCUCGCGAGUUCAACAAGCCCAAUGCGCCAGCAUUUACUUCUGGCGAGAGAUCGUCGUGGAACGGAAAUGCAACACCUGGCGUGGGUGCAAAUUCCGCCUGGGGAGGAGCUUCUUCCAGUUGGGGAGGAGCUUCUUCUGCCUGGAACGGUGGAAAGACCCCAGCUUACAGUGGAGGAAACUCUACCUGGGGAGGAGCUGCUUCUACUUGGAACGGCGGAAAAACUCCAAAUGCUGGAGGAACUUCUGAAUGGGGUGCCAAUGGAAGCAAUUCUACCUGGGGCUCUUCCAGAGGUGGGGGUUCUACUUGGGGCUCUUCCAACAGAGGAGGAAAUUCUACGUGGGGAUCCUCCGGAGGUAACACUAGUAACCCCAGCAAUAAAAACAACAAUAACAAUAGCAGUGGCAGUAACUCUGCUUGGGGUGGCAACAACUCUACGUGGGGUGGCCAAAACAAAGGGAAUAGCAGCACUUGGGGAAGACAAUAAACUGCUGAAACAUACUAUUUGUCUACCAGCUAGCUUCCAUUCUUUACAGCUUUAUGUACUUUAGCCAGCUUAUCUUGUAUACUAAUAAAAAAGAAGAUAUG